CUUUGCACCCUGAUUUUGCACGCUGGUGCAGUGGUGACUUCGCCCACUCUUAUCUCCUUGAGGCCCUCCUGUAGAGCGACUCUGAGCGAGGUAGCCAUGUCGUGGGUCGUCCUCGAUGUGCUGGUGCACGUGAUCAAGCCCCUCUGCUUGACAGAGAUGGAGACUCGUACAGGUCCCCGUGGAGUAACAAAUACGACCCUCCCCUGUCUGAUGGGGCAGUCCCCAGCGACCGACUCCAGAGACUGGAGAUCGAGGCCAACCAGGCUUUUGACACUUACAGAGAAUUGUAUUUUGAGAGUGGCGUGUGCUCAGUCUACCUGUGGGACUUGGACCACGGCUUCGCCGGUGUCAUUCUCAUCAAGAAGGCCGGCGACACGGAGAAGAUCAAGGGAUGCUGGGACUCAAUCCACGUGGUGGAGGUCCAGGAAAGGCACAGGGUCGAAACGCCCACUACAAGCUGACGUCGACGGUGAUGCUGUGGCUCCAGACGAUCAGGCUGACUCUGGGACAAUCAACUCUGGAUCCCCACUCGCAGGCAGAGAGCGACCACGCCGUCUCAGACGCCAGCCCCCCACAUUGCCAACAUCGGGAGAAUGGUGGAGGUAGGUCACGUGACAGUCACAUGAUAUGGUGGACAGUGACCACACCCCCUCUCAUUCCCGCAGGACAUGGAGAACAAGAUGAGACAGACGUUGAACGAGAUCUAUUUCGGCAAGACAAAGGAUGUUCUUAAUGACCUCAGGUCUGUAGGAGACUUGAAACUGGCUAACAAACAGCGGCUGUUAGCAGCUGAACUGAAGGAACGGAUGCACGCGAGCUAAUUCCUCUACACGCGUGCAAAAUCCUCUGCCACGCGCGCUAGACGUUUAUUCUAGUUUUCAACACAUGACUAAUUAAUUGCACACUCUACAGCUAUCGUCCACUGUACAGUGUUAGACAGACCAGAGGCUGCCUGGCCGUCUGGGUUGAAUUUAGUGAUUUUCAAGCCGAUAACUUAUAGUUGGUGUUUCUUGUACACAUGUUUGUUGUUUACACUAAUUAUCAAUAUUGUGUACUGCGUGUUCUUAGAGAUUUCCUAUAAAUUUGAUAUAAUUAUAUGUGGGAAGUUAUA